CUGAUUUGCUGUAUUAUACGAAAAUUAUUUUUAUAAAUGUAUCGUAUGAUCGGUGGUACAGAGCGAGAAUCAUCAUCGAACCGCUACCUUCAAGAACCCUUAAGUCUGAGGGAAGAGUUCCGCUGCCGCAGAUUCGGGCUAGGUCAUUCCAAUCCUUCCGAUUUUUUACGAUCUCAAUGGCAAUCAAAACCGAAAUCUUCUAUUUUCUUGGCCUAUCGAUGGCUUCUGGGCGGAUUCUUUAACGCCGGAUUGGUCAAUUACAUUAUUCAAUACUACAGAAACGGAACUGUCUUUAUCUACCUGACCAACUGGGCAUUUAUCAUGUGCAGCAUCACCAGCUUAACAGGAGCCAUACUUGUGACCAUAUAUCACUGCAAGCCGGAAACAUGGGUUCCCCCCAAGUGCGUGAUCAAGACUUAUUGGGCCUUCUAUUGGACCACUAUAACAAUAGAAUAUUUGAUCGCAGUUACCUAUUGGGCAGCCAUAUAUCCCGACGACCGGGUGCUUACUAACCCGACGCGAGUCUCCGAUUUCUAUAACAUAUUUAUACACCUUCUGCCGCCGAUUAUCUUCACCAUCGAUCAUAUCAUAGUAGCGCAGCCAGCCCGUCUGCUGCAUUUUGUCUAUCCAAUGAUAUUUGGUUAUUCUUAUGGACUAUUCGCUUUUACAUACUAUGAACUGGGAGGCCUUAACUACAACGGGAAUUCCUUUAUUUAUACAUUUCUAGACUUUGAAAAACCGAAGAUGGUGGCAGUCACGGUGUCAAUGCUAACUUUGGGGAUGGCCCUCUUGUCCGUCCUGCAAUAUGGAGUCUAUCGGCUAAGGACUUUCAUAGCACGCAAGAUGGGGAAACUUCGGUGAUGCUGUGCUGUUCCCCUAAUAAUUGCAUUAAAGUGAAGCGUGUCAAAACUUUAAAA